AUGCCAAAACCGAAAGGCAGUGGUGGUCCUCCGAUGACCCGUGACUUAACGGCGAUGGUGUUGGAUUAUCUUACUCAACAAUCACUGUUUGACUCUCAGAUUCAACAUAUGCGUGAUUCUAUGGAGGAGAUUCGUUCUGCUCAAGACUCACUUCGUGCUCAAAAUGCUGAUAUCCAGAGUAGAAACGCUGAGAUGCAGACUCGGUUGUUUGAAGAACUUCAUCAGCUUCGGCUUGCUUCCUUACGACCGGAGACGGAUCCAAAUUCCCCAAACAAUCUUCGUUUUGGCUCUCUACCCAUCUCUGAAGCAGAGGACAAAAAAGUGUCUAUUGCUGCUAUGCAUCUAACCGAUGAAGUGGCGGAUGUUUGGCAUCUAUUCAGGAAUUGGCUUGGUUUUACUGAACUUCUGAUGCGAGAGUUUGGUUCCCAUUCUAGAGCAGAUUAUCAGUCUGCUUUGAUUAGGCUUAACCAAACUGGUUCAGUAAGUGAAUACAAGUCUCAGUUUAACAAAAAUGCAAGAAGAGCUCCGGGAUUUUCAGAUGAUAUAUUGCUUGCCUGUUUCUUAGGGGGCCUUAAGGAAGAUAUUAAGGUAGACGUGAGAGCAAUGAGGCCAACCUCCUUGUACCAAGCCUAUGAGUUAGCGAUGAUUUUUGAAGAAAGACAUGCUGACCACAGAAAUGCGAGGUCCAAUGUUCAAAGAUCUCAUUUUCCUACCUAUAGUUUACAACAGAGAAAUCCAGUUGCUUCAGGCAGAAACCUUCAAACAUCUUCCCUGAGGCCAACAGUUGCUCAAUCUGCUAUACAUAAUACACAAGCAAGUACUACUUCUGACAGAAAGUGGACUCAAAAUGAUUACUAUGAAAAAAGGGCAAGAGGACUCUGUUUCUUUUGUGAUGAGCCAUACAAGGGAGGUCAUGUGUGUAAGAGAACACCAGGUCAAGGACAAGGAAGAGCAUUACUGAUUGAAGGCAUUCUGGAAGAUGAAGUUGCCACUCCUCCAUCUGACCUUGUUGAAGGAGACUCUGAUGACGGGGAAACUAAAGGUGAGGAAACUGCCACUCUACAUGUAAUUAAUUGUAUGGAAAAUCCUAUGACUAUGCAGAUUAAGGGAAUUUUCAGGAAAAAGGAAGUUCAUGUUCUCAUUGAUAGGGGGGCAACUCAUUCUUUUAUCCACCCUUCCUUGUUGCAACAUAGUGAUAUCAAGGUUGAUUAUGGCCGAUCCUUGCAAGUUGUUGUUGCUUGUGGAUUAAAAGUGAAGUCUGCUGGCAAAUUACAAAUUCAACUGCAGCUACAGGAUACUCCAGUGGAUACAGAAGCAUUUAUCCUUCCUGUUAAUGGUUGUGAAAUUCUUUUGGGAGCUACUUGGUUACGAACUUUGGGAGAUUUAAUUUGGAAUUAUGAGAAAAUGACCAUGAGGUCCAGUUUGUUUGGGAAAUCUCAUUUCUUACAAGGCAUUUUAGCUAGUGAGACUUCUAUAGUGAGUUUUGUUGCUAUGACCAAAUUAUUGAAACAAGAGAAGGAAGCCUUGUGUAUUGAAUUGUUAGCUAUAUCUGCUGCUAAUGACCAACCUUUGAAAGAUGUUCAUCCCAAUAUUAUUUCUUUGAUUGACAACUUUACAACUCUUUUUGAAAAUCCAACGGGACUUCCUCCUUAUCGGUUACAUGACCACAAAAUAGAGUUAGUUCCUGGAGCUGCUCCCGUUAGUGUGAGACCUUACAGAUUUCCACAGUUUCAAAAAAAAUGA